UCUCUCUCUCUCUCUCUCUCUCUCUCUCUGCGUGUUGUUGGAGUCUCCAGAGUGUACACUUUGAGGAGUGAGCAGGGUGUGAUUUGGGACGGAACACUUUGAGGAGUGAGCAGGGUGUGAUUUGGGACGGGUCUGUAAUCGCUAUAGUGUGUUAACAGCGCUGGACUCACCUUUCUGAGGGGAAAAGCUGCAGACACUGCAGACCCUCUUUUUUGGUCCUGAGGCUAAACCAAAGAAGUUAAAGUACGUAAAGAGGGGAAGAACAUGGCGACCAGAAAGAUCUCCAUUACUAAGAAGACGUCAUCUCCUACCUCUCCCAAACAAAUCCAGAAAAGAACAGGCAAGAAGAAAACGCACCACUGCUCAGACUGUGGGAAGAAUUUUACUCAUCAGGUUACACUCCAAUUACACCAGCACAUUCACACUGGAGAGAAACCGUAUCACUGCUCAGACUGUGGAAAGGGUUUUAGUCGUCAGAGUACGCUCCAACUACACGAGCGCAUUCACACUGGAGAGAAACCGUUUCACUGCAAAGACUGUGGAAAGAGCUUUAGUCGUCAGGGUAAUCUCAAAACACACCAGCGCAUUCACACUGGAGAGAAACCGUACAAGUGUUCAGACUGUGGGAAGAGUUUUAGUUAUCAACACUCUCUCAAACUACACCAGCGCAUUCAUGCUAGAGAGAAACCGUAUCACUGUUCAGACUGUGGAAAGAGUUUCACUCAACAGAGUAAUCUCAAAACGCACCAACGCAUUCACACUGGAGAGAAACUGUACAAGUGUUCAGACUGUGGGAAGAGUUAUAGUCAUCAACACUCUCUCAAACUACACCAGCGCAUUCAUGCUAGAGAGAAACCCUAUCAGUGCUCAGUCCGUGGGAUGAGUUUUAAUAAUCGCAGUAUUCUAAAAACACACCAGCGCAUUCACACUGGAAAGAAACUGUAUAACUGCUCAGACUGUCAGAAGAGUUUUAGUAAUCACAAUUAUUUCCAACUACACAAGCGCAUUCACUCAGGAGUGAAACCAUAUUACUGCUUUGACUGUGGGAAGGGUUUUACUCAUCCGAGUUCUCUUCAACGACACCAGAGCAUUCACACUGGAGAGAAGCCGUUUCACUGCUCAGACUGUGGGAAGAGUUUUAAGCAACAGAGUCAUCUCCUAUUACACCAGCGCAUUCACACUGGAGAGAAACCGUAUCCCUGCUCAGCCUGUGGGAAGAGUUUUAGUCAACAGAGUCAUCUUCUAAUACACCAGCGCAUUCACACUGGAGAGAAACCGUUUCACUGCUCAGACUGUGGGAAGAGUUUUAGUAAUCAGAGUAACCUCCAGCGCCACCAGCGCAUUCACACUGGAGAGAAACUGUAUCAUUGCUCAACGUGUGGGAAAAGUUUUAGUCGUCGGAGUCAUCUCCAACCGCACCGGUGCAUUCGUGUUUGAGAUAAACUUUAUCACUGUUCAGACUGUGAGAAGAGCUUCAUAAAUUCAAACUGGUCCGUAAAACAUCAAAUAUACCUCUUCAGGACUAAAAUACAGGUUCCUACUAAAGCAAAUGAGCUAAUUGGUUUUACACAGAAAACACAGUUUUGUUGUGUUUCUAGAAUCUGUAUGGGAAGCUGAAUAUGUUGUUUUUUUGUGAUGAAUUCCAUGUUCAGGUGUGGUUGUUUUGCCAUCACAGUUCGUAAGUAGCUCAUUUUGAACCAGUCUAUCUUUGGAGUUUUAAUCCUCAAAAAAGAGAUCUGGUGUGAAAUUGACCUUGGGUGUAGUAAGACAUGAUAAAGAGUAAUAUCCUUUAUUAAAUAGCCCCCUCUGUUCUCCUGCAGCUUUCUGAGAUCCAGCAAUUUUGUGCAGUUUGUUAAAAUAGACUAGAACUGGUGAUAAUAUGGCAUAUUUAGAUAUAUAAAUUGCAUAUGCAGAUAUAUAAAUUGCUAUUUACACUAUUAUCCAGGCCCAAAGUAGCUCCACACUUCAUUGGUAGAAUCCAGAGAGACCUGACAUUUAAAAUGAGGCAUUGAUGACUUUAAAAGUGCAAACGAAGUUUAUCAAAAAAACACUGUUUACAGCCAUCUUACAGUAAAGUCAUGAUCAGUGACGAGUGACGUAAUGUUGCAGCCUGGAAAGGCACAAACGCAAACUAUUGUCUUUUUUUUCCCUUUGCCUUUUUCUGUUAUAACACAUCCCACCUCCACAUAAUGCCUCGUUUAAAAUGUCAGGGCUCUCUGGAUUCUACCAAUGAAGUGUGAAGCUAUUUUUAGCCUGGACAACAGUGUAAAAAGCAAUUUAUCUGCAGGGACAAAAUUAUGCCCUCUUAUCACCCAUUCUAAAGCUGCAGGAGAACGGAGAUGGGCUAUUCAAGGUUAUUACUCUAUCAUGUUUUACUACACCCAAAGUCAAUUUCACAUUGGAGUUUUCCAUUAAGCUGAACCACUAGAUCAUUAAAGUUUGUAUUCAAGAAUGAUUGGUGGUUAUCUAUGAUUAUUCAUUCUUCCACAUAUUGUUGGAAAAAGUUGGUGUACGUUCCUUUUUUCCUCCCUUUAUUUAAACAAAUGUGUUUAU